UGUACAAACAUGAAGACCAGACUGUUAUGAAGGUUUUGGACAAAACAAAGACCUCAUUGAGCCUCCCUCUCCCUAAAGACUAUGGCUAUGUGGUGCUGCAGAUCCGGACUUGCGGCGAGGGUGGAGACGGGCCGCCUCAUGAAGUCAUCGUUUCCCAGGACUCUGGAACUGGGAUGAUGGUGCAGAAAGAUGGCGGCUCCACGCUGGACGCAUCGCAUGCCUGCAUCUCGGCUGGCUUGGUUCUGCUCGCUCUCACCUUCCCCUGAUCCCCGAUGGUCACUGUCGAUAAACUCAAGGCUCCAGAUGGACUUGGUUUCAGUUAGAAUGAUUUUUAUUUUCUGAUAACAACAGUUUAAUAACUCACUGCAAUAGAGGCUGAGGGGAUUACGUGUGAUGGGAGCCAUCGCCGCUCAUGAUGAGGCAUGAUGCUGCGUUCAGA